CGGAGCCUAAUUUGAUUUUAUUAAGAAAAUCAGUGAGGUGAAAAUAUUGCAAGGCUAAGAGACCCGUGACACGCAGACCAAACAGGUUUUUGUACCACUUUAUUUUCUAACCGUAAUAAUGUUAAACACUGGGCACGCAUUACCUUUGUUGGUUUCAGUCCUCUGUAUGAGGUUUUGUUUUGUUGUGUUGUUUUACUUUUGGUAUUGCCAAGUAGACCCGGGCCUUCCCCGCCCCACUUUGGGGAAGAGGUGGCUGACUAGGGUUUUGCCCGCAGCUUCUGCUUGGAGGCGUGUUCUGACCCUUUAUGUAACCUCUCGCGGGGGCAGAAUGAUUUGGUUGAGAUGAAAUCCCGUGCUAAUUCCGUUUCCUUAUUUGCGGUAGAUUCAGUUCUUUUUAGGAAGUUAAACAGCAUGUUGGCAUACUUUUGGAAUAGAGCUUUUGCAUUUAAUAGACAAUAGAGACUUUGAAAGCAUUGGAUGUACCAUUUAUUGCAGUAAAGUGAAAUACGUACUUUUGAGAAAGCUAAUUCCACAUUUUGAUGUGACUCACUUGAGAAAGAACAGCUACUGGUCAUGCUUUAUUUCCAGUUCCCCCCCGCAAAGUAGUGAAAAAUGAUUACAUUUUAAUUUAUGGUGCAUGUUACAGGGGCUUCAGACCUAUAAAGGGCAAGUUACCAAAGGACUCUUGGGAGAUCUCAGUGCAAGGAGAUAGAAAUGUGUUUUGCUUCUAUGCACUUGGCUUUCUAUGCUGUGUACAAAUGAACUCCAACCCUGCAACUCCUAUUCUCACAGUCUUACUUUAGGUGUGUUAUGACACUGAUUAAAGCAAGCUGCACCUUCUGCUUUGGCUUUGGGAAGCAUUGGGUCUCUUCUGACUCAGAGUUCCAGACCUAUGUCCUGUUACAGCUUGUAGUGGGGUAAAGGCAGCUGCAAACUAUUGGCACAUUAAUUUCACAGUAUGGACUUCUGAAAAGGAGGGCUUGGUCACAGGUGAAAUUGUGAAAGUUGUUCUCCCUGCCUUUGCUUUUUGUGUUCAGUGGUAUUGUCUGAGAGUACGCCUGCCUAUGAGAAUUAUUCUACUGCCGCAGACCAGCCAGAGAAAGAGGAUUUCGCCGCCCAGGGUCAGAAGGGAAGGGAUGAAGAUCCAGUUUCAGAUAUGAGAGUCACUGAGUGAUCAUUUCAUUGAGAUCAACUUGAAUGACCAGGUGAAAAGUGCAAGAGGACUGUGCUAUGACUGAGGCAACUCACACAUUUUUAUUGCCAACCUCUACUUCCUUUGACUCUACAAAGAAAAUUGUAUCUACAGCAGCCCCUAAAGCCCAGGAGUCCAGCAAAUCAUCAGACGGACUCAUGACUGAAAAACAGCGGGAAGAAGCAGAAUGGGAAAGCAUAAACGUGCUGUUGCUGAUGCAUGGCUUAAAACCUUUAUCUCUAGUCGAAAGAACAGAUACGAAAGAUCUCAUCAUUUUUGACAAACAGUCAUCACAAAGGAUGAGGGAGAAUUUAAAAACUUUGAUGGAAGAAACAUCACGUCAACAGAACAUGAUCCAGGAGCUCAUAGAAACUAAUAAGCAGCUUAAAAAUGAACUUCAGCUACAACACAGCCGAGCAGCAGAUCAGGAACAACGAGCUAAUGACUUGGAACAAAUUAUGGAGAGUGUGAAAUCCAAAAUUGGUGAAAUGGAGGAUGAAUCCCUAAAUAGGGUUUGCCAGCAACAGAAUAAAAUAAAAGAACUUCAAAAGGAGCAUAAAGCUUUACAGGCAAAAUGUGAGCAUUAUAAGAAAAAACGAAUGGAGCAACAAGAGACUAUUGCUUCUUUGCAGAAGGAUAUCUGUAGAUUAACAAAGGAGGACGAAGAGCGCAUCAUCACUCAAAACAGAGUGUUCUCCUAUCUCUGCAAGAGAGUUCCUCAUACCAUCUUGGAUAGACAGUUGCUUUGCCUAAUUGAUUACUAUGAAUCUAAAAUUAGAAAAUUUCAUAAACAAAGGCAAUAUGAAGAAGAUGAAAGUCAGUCAGAAGAAGACUACAGGAGUCUGAGUGCUUCACCUACUUAUAAAGGCCUUCUAAUGUCAUUACAGAAUCAACUCAAGGAAUCGAAAUCUAAGAUAGAUGCACUUUUAAGUGAAAAGCUGAAUCUCCAGAAAGAUUUGGAAACCAGGCCCACACAGCAUGAAUUAAGACUUUAUCAACAACAGGUGAAGAAGCUGGAGAAAGCCCUUAAGAAAAGCAUCAAAUUACAGGAUCUUAUCAGUCAAAAAAAGGCUGAGGACAAAGAGGGAAAAGAUGAGCCCAGCAAAGAUAACCAGCAGCAGACCCUAAUUGACCAGAGAUACUUUCAGGUAUUAAGGAGCAUCAAUUCAAUUAUUCACAAUCCAAGAGCUCCAGUAAUAAUUUAUAAACAGAGCAAAGGAGGAGCCCAACAUUUUAAUAAAGAUCUUGUUCAAGAUUGUGGAUUUGAGCAUCUUGUUCCUAUAAUAGAAAUGUGGGCAGAUCAGCUGGCUUCCUUAAAGGAUUUGUAUAAGUCCUUGAAAAUACUAUCUGCAGAACUGGUGCCUUGGCAUAAUUUAAAGAAGCAGGAUGAAAAUGAAGGUGUCAAAGUUGAAGAUCUGUUGUUUAUAGUAGAUACCAUGUUAGAAGAAGUGGAAAAUAAGGAAAAGGACAGCAAUAUGCCAGACUUUCAAAUUUUGCGAGCUAUUGUUUCUCACUUCCAAAAAUUAUUUGAUGUGCCUUCUUUAACUGGAGUCUAUCCCCGAAUGAAUGAGGUUUAUACUAGGCUUGGAGAAGUGAACAAUGCUGUGAGAAACCUCCAGGAACUCUUAGAACUAGAUAGUUCAUCCUCAUUGUGUGUGCUGGUGAGCACAGUUGGAAAAUUGUGUAGGCUGGUCAAUGAAGAUGUGAAUGAACAGGUCAUGCAGGUAUUGGGACCUGAAGACCUCCAAAGCAUUAUCAACAAAUUGGAAGAACAUGAGGAAUUUUUCCCAGCAUUUCAGGCAUUUACUAAUGACCUACUUGAAAUCUUAGAAAUUGAUGACUUGGAUGCCAUUGUACCUGCAGUAAGGAAAUUAAAAAUACUUUCAUCCUGAAAACAAAUCAUUUUUACUGUGUAAAUUGCAUUCUUAACAUUCUAAAUAUUUUGUAGGAUUGAUCUUACUCUGAGACAAGGGUUAUAAAAUGUAUAUACUCUCAGAAUUCACCCCCUUCUUUCUGUUGGGUCCUUCUCCAUCCAUAUAAUUUUUAUUGACUUUGAGAUUCUUUUAUAGAAAACAUUGCUAAGUUUAAUUACUAAAUUAACUUUAGAUCCUUUAAUCAUUUCUUAAGCAAUUCUUGAGUGCUUAAAAUGUAAGAUUGUUUUAAAGUACAGUGUGUAAGAGAGAAACUCAGGGAGAGAGUGCAAGUAAUAGAAACGUUGCAUUUAAUUAAGUUCAGAGUUUUUUGGCCUGGGAACAAGGAAUGCCAGUGGCUCUCUUUAGUCCAGCCAGCAGGAAGCUGUUGCUUUCCUGGCAAGGAAAUGGCACAUUCUAUUAAGAUAUCCCUCAUGACACUUGCCCUUUCAGAGCAGAAGGAACAAAAGGAAGAAGGAAAAAAGUUUUUAUCGUGUUAGGGUAGGAAAUGAAUUAUGAGGUAAAAUAGAUGAGUGGAUGUGAGUCUCUCAUAAAGUGUCCUUUUUGCUAUCUUGAUGUGAUGUACUUUUUAUAAGGGCAUGAAAUCUUAAAUAAAAUUUUUGUAAUGAAUUUCCAAACGUAAAUGUUCUCAGUGACUUAC